AUGAUCUACAAGAAUAGCAAAGUAAUUGGAAAUUUUACAACAAGUUGAGUUUUAUGAAGGCCGAAGUGCUACAAUCUAUACAGCAAGAGUCCGUGAAGGAGUGGAUUGACGAGGACAUUAAUACUCUCAUAGAGUUUUAUCAAAGUAAUCCUUGCCUGUGGGACCACAGGAUUCAAGAAUAUCAAGAUAGAAAUCUGAAAAGCCUUGCCAUGGAAGAGUUGUCUUCAAAGAUACCAAACCGCAGCGCCGACGAGAUAAAAACAGAAUGGCAUAACCUCAAGACCAUUUGGCAGAGGGAAAAUAAACGCCAAGAAGGGAGCAAAGUAUCAGGAAAGGGUACCGACCAAGUGUACACAUCUAAAUGGAGAUACUUUGGUUUGUGCCCUAUCGUUCUUAAAACGCUGCAGCGAGAAAUCCUUAAAACGCCAAGCUCCCAGGCUACAGUUGAUGCCAGCGAAGAGCAGACAUUUGCAAAGAUGGUCACAGAUACUUUGAGCUGAUUUACGGGGAGACAAAAAGCCAUAGCGAAAAAGAUGAUAAGUGAUGUCCUAUUUCAAGUUGAAAUGGGCUACACGGAAACACAAGCAUACCCAUCUCAAUAUCCUUCUCAGUAUGUGCAGCCAGGUUUCUAAUCUAUAAGCUUCACCCUUUUGAACUGUUUUUAAACCUGUAUUGAACUCAAUUUUGUUCUUAAGG